ACGGCUGCCGUGGAAACCUGUGACAGGAGCUAAUGCAGAUCUGCUGCAGGAUCCUGCUACCUGAGGGGUCUUCACCUGAGCACCAUGGUGAUUACAGGCGAGUUCAGAACAUCUAACAGAAUUCUGCAGCUCGCUCAGCACAAGGAAUCCAAAUCUAUAUGGGUCACCACUCCCGGUAGGAAGCUGACGUGGGGGAACCAGGAGUCAAUAUGGCUGCUCUCCUUGGGGGCGUUAGGAGCCGUUCCCUCUCCGAGGAUUCAGACUUUAGCCCAAAAUAAACCAGAUUUCUCCAACCUGAACCAGAACCUGCACCUGAACCUGUUCAGGGAAAGGGAGGAGGGGGCGGCGAAGACCUCCCGCCCUUCCUGUCGCGAGACCCAGUACGAGCAGGCCGCCCGCAUGGCGACCCCCAGGGCCCGGUCCAGGAGCUCCCAGGUUGUGAGUCCUCAUUCAGACUGGUGUGAGUACAGCUGUCCUGUGUGGCACAUCAGCCCCGGGGUGCAGAAAACCCUCGUAUCUCCGCGUAUCGUCCAACUGGCCCGCCCCAAAACCACACACCCCGACUUCAGGGUCAACCGCCAGGCAGUAGAAACACACAUCACCCACGCAGCUAAAACAGCUCGGAUCACCUCCAGACUGGAGCAGUUGUGUUUACCCAAACUCAGAGAGAGCAGCCUGUUCUACCCUCCCAGCCGCCCCGAGAGCCCCAUCCGGCCUGUGUCGAGAGGAGCGAGCAGGGCGACAGCUAGCGCUCGUGUGAGACAGCUGUCCACCCCCAAGUCCCUCUGUAAGGACUACAUCCCCCCACGGGACCUGGACUGAGCAUAAAAUCUACAUUGAUCAGCCAGAACAUUAAAACCACCUGCCUAACAUUGUGUACUGUAGAUAUCCUUCAUCCCACCAUAUUUAUCAACAAACCUUUAGAGGAAUCACUGCAAUAUGACUUCAAAUACGUUUGUCUCUAUUAUUAUUUCAUCAAACAAAUGCUUUUUUUAUGCCAUAUGCGUAUCCCCAGUGUAUAUUUAUAGAGAAAGAGAAAAUGGAGGAAAUAAAAAUCACUGAGAAGA